GAGUCGCCAUGAUUCUCCCGCUCCAGACAGAUGCAGGUUAAGAUCCUCCCUGUCUUGGAACAGGAGAGUGAGCUGCCUAGUCUAUGUCAACUUUACACAGGCUGUUUAUCUGAAUGGAGCGAACCUCAGGAAAGCAGGCUGAACACACCCUGGGGAGCAACCCAGCAAGCCAGACGUGCUAGAGGCCCCUCUAUGGUAUCUGCAUCAGCUUCUGUUCCCAGAUACCCGCCCUGUUUGAGUUCCUGUCCUGACUUCCUUUGAAGAUGAAGAGCAAUGUGGAAGUGAGCUUCCCUGGGAGAUGGAAUGUUUCAAUCUUAGAGGAAACUGCUACAGAGCAGGUAUCCAGCCAUCUUACACCCCACCAUCAGAGUCAGAAGAACCCAACACACGCAUGCAGGGAGGCGGCCUCAGCGGUGAGCAACGCAGCCAUGGCCAAGAUUAAGGCUCGGGACCUGCGCGGCAAGAAGAAGGAGGAGCUGCUAAAACAACUGGAUGAUUUGAAAGUGGAGCUAUCCCAGCUUCACGUCGCCAAGGUGACAGGCGGCGCCGCGUCCAAGCUCUCCAAGAUACGAGUUGUCCGUAAAUCCAUCGCCCGUGUUCUCACUGUCAUUAACCAGACUCAAAAGGAAAACCUCAGGAAAUUCUACAAGGGCAAGAAGUACAAGCCUCUGGACCUACGACCCAAGAAAACUAGAGCCAUGCGCCGGCGGCUCACCAAGCACGAGGAGAAGCUGAAGACAAAGAAGCAGCAGCGGAAGGAGAGGCUGUACCCGCUACGCAAGUAUGCGGUCAAGGCCUAAUGGAAGGGCAAUAAAGUGCAAGACUGG